GGGGAGCCGAGUGCGAGAUGCACCAGUUUGUCACAAACGGGGCUCCAGCACGCACCACAGCGAUGGCAAACCCCGAGAUGGCAGGAAGCGGCUCUCACCAGGAUGAAAGUCCCUGCACCAUUCACCAGAGCUCAUCCCCCAGCGAGCUGCUUCUCUUAGAAGACCAGAUGAGGCGCAAACUCAAAUUCUUCUUUAUGAAUCCCUGUGAGAAGUUCUGGGCUCGGGGUAGGAAGCCUUGGAAACUCGCCAUACAAAUUCUGAAAAUUGCAAUGGUGACUGUCCAGCUGGUCCUGUUUGGACUAAGCAACCAGAUGGUAGUAGCGUUCAAGGAAGAGAACACUAUAGCCUUCAAACACCUCUUCCUGAAAGGAUACAUGGAUCGAAUGGAAGACACAUAUGCAGUGUACACUCAAAGUGACGUGUAUGACCAGGUCCUCUUCGCAGUGAACCAGUACUUGCAGCUUCGCAACAUCUCUGUUGGUAACCACGCUUACGAGAACAAGGGGACGAAGCAGUCGGCCAUGGCAAUCUGUCAGCACUUCUACAAGCAAGGGACCAUCUGCCCCGGGAAUGAUACCUUUGACAUUGACCCAGAAAUUGAAACAGAAUGCUUCCUGAUAGAGCCAGAUGAAUCCUUUGACAUCAGAACACCUGGAGAAAAUAGGCUCAACCUGACCCUGGACUUCCAUAGACUCCUGACAGUGGAGCUUCAGUUUAAGCUGAAAGCCAUUAAUCUGCAGACAGUUCGUCACCAGGAGCUUCCUGACUGCUACGACUUUACUCUGACUAUAACAUUUGACAACAAGGCUCACAGUGGAAGAAUUAAAAUAAGUCUAGAUAAUGACAUUUCCAUCAGAGAAUGCAAAGACUGGCAUGUAUCCGGAUCAAUUCAGAAGAACACCCACUAUAUGAUGAUCUUUGAUGCCUUUGUCAUUCUGACCUGCUUGUCCUCCCUGGUCCUUUGCGCAAGGUCUGUGAUUAGGGGUCUUCAGCUUCAGCAGGAAUUUGUCAGCUUCUUCCUUCUCCACUAUAAGAAGGAAGUUUCUGCCUCUGAUCAAAUGGAGUUCAUCAACGGUUGGUACAUUAUGAUUAUUGUUAGUGACAUACUGACCAUCGUUGGAUCUAUUCUGAAAAUGGAAAUCCAAGCCAAGAGUCUCACAAGCUAUGAUGUCUGUAGCAUCUUUCUUGGGACUUCGACCAUGCUCGUGUGGCUUGGUGUCAUCCGAUACCUGGGUUUCUUUGCAAAGUACAACCUCCUCAUUCUGACCCUCCAGGCAGCGCUGCCCAACGUCAUCAGGUUCUGUUGCUGUGCUGCUAUGAUCUACCUAGGCUAUUGCUUUUGUGGAUGGAUCGUGCUGGGCCCUUACCAUGACAAGUUCCGUUCUCUGAACAGGGUCUCCGAGUGCCUUUUCUCUCUGAUAAAUGGAGAUGAUAUGUUUUCCACCUUUGCAAAAAUGCAGCAGAAAAGCUACCUGGUUUGGCUGUUCAGCCGAAUCUACCUCUACUCCUUCAUCAGCCUCUUCAUAUACAUGAUUCUGAGCCUCUUCAUUGCGCUCAUCACAGACACAUAUGAAACGAUUAAGCACUACCAGCAAAAUGGCUUCCCAGAGACAGAGCUUCGCAAGUUCAUAGCAGACUGCAAAGACCUCCCCAGAUCUGGAAAAUACAGAUUAGAAGGCGACCCUCCAGCAUCGUUCUUCUGCUGCUGCAAUAAGUAACCAUUGGAUUUCUCUGGGCUUGCAGAGGAAAAUACGGCAUGUGGCUGAGCCAGAGGCAGUGUGGAUAAUUUGUGGUAACGCAACAGUAUGCCCAGAUACUAGAAUUCUGAGCUCGCUCCUGACUGCGACAUAGCGAGACCUGUUUCUGUUUUUAAAAAUAUUUUAGGUCUUUUCUACUUACAUUAGCAUUAAAAAAUAACUGAUUUGGCAGGGUGUGGUGGUGCACACCUUUAAUCCCAGCAUUUGGGGGGCAGAGGCAGGCGGAUCUCUGUGAGUUUGAGGCUAGCCUGGUCUACAGAGCUAGUUCCAGGACAGUCAGGGAAACCCUGUCUCAAAACAAAACAAAGCAAAACAAAAAACUGAUUUGGUGAGGGAAGCUACUGGACCAUUGCUUUGUCUUAGUUGCUGUAGCUCUUGCGUGUUCCCUGGGCCCCUUUGCCUUCCAGUGUGGCUUCUGUAUGCACUGGAGAAUGAGCUCUGUCUCUCAGGGCAUUUGGAUGACCCAGUGUCCCUCUCUGAGACUUGGGAUAAUUAUAAUUAUUACACAUCUGACACCACAGCAUCUUAGAGUUUCCCCCUUAAAAGAAGACAGAGCAAGAAAGAGGCCUCCAGCGUAGCCGGUGGUGCAAUGCUUGUCUCCUAGUGACAGCUGUUUUAUAAUCCUGCCUUUCAGUGUUAAGGCUCAAGGCUGAAGAGAGUCUAAACAUGAAUGAAAGCUAUAGUGAGUGCCAAGGGGCAUUUGAUCAAGCAGGGAUGGUUUUCUUAGCAACCCAGCAGUGUGGGGAGACUAAUGGCAUACCAUGCCUGCCGUAGGUCCAGUCUCAACAAAGCCACAUAU